AUGGAACCAACACCCCAACACCCAUUCCGCCAUCAUGAGGGCCCCGACCAGGAGAACGGCAUCGUACCCGAUGAACAUCCUUACAAACCAGCCAUGGAUGCACUCAAGCAACGCACCGUUACCAUUGGGACCCACAUGAAGAUACCCAUGGCCCUCAUGCGAUGCGGUCUGACAGCUCUCAGCGGUGGAAACCAGCUGGCAAGCACGAACGAUGUGUUGCAUGUGCUGGUAUCGGAAGCCAGUGAGGCAGUUGCGAAGAUGCUGGCAGCCGCUGCCACAGCAGGGGAGCAUGGGACCAUGGGUGCAGGGGAGCAUGGGACCAUGGGUGCAGGGGAGCAUGGGACCAUGGGUGCAGGUCUGCAUGGGACCAUGGGUGCAGGGGAGCAUGGGAACAUGGGUGCAGGGGAGCAUGGGACCAUGGGUGCAGGGGAGCAUGGGACCAUGGGUGCAGGUCUGCAUAAGACCAUGGGUGCAGGGGAGCAUGGGACCAUGGGUGCAGGGGAGCAUGGGACCAUGGGUGCAGGUCUGCAUGGGACCAUGGGUGCAGGGGAGCAUGGGACCAUGGGUGCAGGGGAGCAUGGGACCAUGGGUGCAGGUCUGCAUGGGACCAUGGGUGUAGGGGAGCAUGGGACCAUGGGUGAAGGGGAGCAUGGGACCAUGGGUGCAGGGGAGCAUGGGACCAUGGGUGCAGGUCUGCAUGGGACAGUCCUACAAUGGGAGUGA